CGGUUAUCCGCCAGAAAUAUUUCCUUUAGAAAGUCUGAAUGAAAAUUUUCUAAAAACCAAAAUAUUUUUUAAACUUACCAGUGACGGUGGCAGUUAUGUUUUUAAAUCUCCUUUUUGAAAAGUUCCAACUCUUGUAACAGAUAUUUUUUGUCGCUUUUGGAUAAUAAUUAAUGGUGAGCCACUCCGAAUCUGCGCCCACAAUACGUCACUCCGAUGAUGCACAAUGAUUAGUGAAUUUUAUUUAAUAACAUAACAACCACACAGCGCAGUCUACUUAAGGUCAUACAAAUUUUUUGAUACAUCUAGGACAACCAGUGGAGUGUCAGUUUAGAGCUCACACAGUGACAACGUCCACCAUUCCCCCGUCAAUAAAUAAAAGCAACCUCGAAAAAUUAUAACUUCGACUACACAAAGGUAUAAACCGCAGCAAGGACUUCUUACGUAUUAUUCCGAUAAUUCUUGGGCGUGGUCGAUAGAAAAAUACAAGUUAGAGAAUUUUGUAAUUUAUAACACGCAACCGUUCGUCGGUGCAAUUUCAUUUUAGAGGAGUAAAUAGACAUUUAUGGCACACGUUUGACUAAAGGUUUCAGCGUCUUGGCAGCUUGAAUAAAAUAGGUUCAUCAAUUAUUGAAAAAAACUUCUAGACUUUAGAUAAGGGACGCCAUUGUACCCGAGGGGGUUUCCCACCAUUAAACCAACUCCAAUGUUCCAAUUUUGAGCUGUUUUCAAGGUUUCAAACAUUGUAAGAAACGUCCGCCCCAGAUUCUUCGCGACGAGCGAAAUGGUAGAACACAGAUCCAUCUUAACUGUCGCCAAAAUGUUCAUGACUUUGGUCGGUUUCUGGAAAUACCCCCACCAACAACAUCUCACGAAAUUCUUUUACAACCUCUACUCUUUGUUGAUUGUAUUAUAUUUCUUUCUUUACACGAGUUGCCUGUACAUCAAGUUCAUCAUUACUGUAAGCACCGCGUCAAGCUUAGAUCCCGACAACUUCACACAACUAGCUUACGUCAUUGGUCACAUGAUGGCAACGUAUGUGAUAAUGGUAUGCCGUGGCUCCAACUUUAACGGCGUCAUAUCGGAGAUCGCUGUUGAGGAAAACCGUAUAUUGGAAGGAGGUGAUGACGAUAUUUUGAAGUCCCACCUUCAACUAAUCCGUUGGGAUAAUUGGAUCAACCUUCUCUUCGCGGUAUUCACUAUUGGCACUGGAUUCGCUCUUGGUUUGGAGAAUUUGCUGCGCAAUGUCGAGAUAGCGCAUUACAACAGAGAUCACAAUACUACUCUGGAAAGGCCCUUGCUAGUGCAGAUUUAUUAUUUUAAAAUAAACAAACACAAAUGGGCGAACUCACUGCUAGUCAUUUCCGAGAUCUCCUUCGCAUGCACGACGUUGAUGUUUCUCGCAUGUAAGGUCAGCGUCUAUACAUGCAUAGUAUUCGCUUCGUCUGUACUGAAAAUGAUCCAAAUCAAAUUCAGGAAGAUGGGUCUAGGUAAAGAAAAUCCGCUAGCCGCUUUGAAGCAGCUGGUGGCAGAGCAUCAGCGUGUUAUUGCUUUCAGAUUUGUGGACAGAUUGAACGCUUCCAUAAAAUUUCAGAUACUUCUGGAGUAUCUCCUAAACUCACUGAAUGUAGCUGCAGUCUCCAUUCAGUUAAUUACGUACGAGAAGAAGAUGUUAUUGACUCCUAUAUUGUACCUGGGCUUUCUACUGAUUCAAGUUUUCGUUUUGGGCAUUAGCGCGAACGAAAUUAGAAUUCAGAGCCUUGCUGUAUCAGACGCGAUAUACUUCAGUCCAUGGGAGGAACAAAGCGAAGCGGCUAAGAAAAUUUUGCUGACCGUCAUAGCACGAGCCCAGAUACCCCUAGAGUUAACCAUAGGCCCAUUCGGACCCAUGGUUAUAGAAUCUGCUCUCGCCAUCUGCAAAGCCUCCUACUCGUAUGUCACCCUAAUGAUGACCAACGUCCAGUAAAUAUAUGAGCAGCUUGAUUUUGUUAAAGUUUAUUUAAUAACAUAAAAUCGGCACAAACUAAAGUCAGUUUAAUAUCAUACAAACCUCUAAGUACAGUUAGAUCCCGUGAAGUAUCAGUUAUCAGUCUAGAACUUAAGGAGGGGGUGACAACGUUGGCACAUGUGACGCAGAAAGGACCAAUAUCUCACCAAAAAAAAAAAAAAAACAACUAUUAAAGACUGACGCCCAAAGAAUAUAUCCAAACCCCCGCAUCCGGCGUUCGCUGGUGGAAAUUUGAUAUAUUUGAUAUCUCAAGAUCUAACCCUCAGAUUUCUUCUUUGCCAAACCAAAAAAUUCGAUGUUAGUUUGGCUGGUGUACGAGAGAUGUCAGCACCUUAAAAAAUCAUAUUUUGGUCGCGAGGUGGCGUCGUCAUAAAUCACACCUUCGGUAACUAAAUGCAGUCGAAAAAAAAACUUUUUUUUUUGCGAUACUGUUUUUUGCGCGAGCUAAAUAACACGACCGACGGAGUACGUUUUAAAAAAGGUUUAUUUUCGAAAAAACAGGGCUUUUCUUAAAACUAAAAACAAACAAUUAAUGUGAACAGCGAAGGGCUUUGACACUACAUUAAUGUUACACGGGAAACGGUGGCAGUCGAUUUUAUAUAGCUGAAUCGUUGAUUCAGCGUCUAUUCAGCAGGAUGCGUCCGGUCUGGGGAUAUUUCUCCUCCUCCCUUAGAUUCUUCAACGUCCUCGUUGAUGAUUCUUUCUAGGGUUUUGACAGGGAUGGCCUCUAGGAGUCUAUGUUUUCUCCAUUGGUAGAGCAUGACGCUGGAACUAGUCAGGAGAACUAUACACAAUAAUGAGAAAAUUAAACAGUAAUAUGUUUGGUUUUGGUGAACCAAUCUUUCGGUUUUCAUCGGCAGUAUCAGGUCGUCUUGAAUAAGGGUCGGAUCCUCUAAGUGUUUCAUUUGUAGAUUUAUGGUGAGGUUGCUUGGUUGAAUAUUUGUCGUUUCCGGAUACUGAAUGGAUAUAUUAUUCAUACCCAAGGAAUACUUCUGGUUGUCGAUGAUGACGUCGCAUUGGCUCUGGAUCAGGGAGCAACCUUGAAGAAGUUCUUUUUGGAACUGGAAGCAGUCUUCGUAUACUAGUUCCGACGUAUUUGCACAGUACAGUAAGGAGU